CGUCAACUGAUUAUCGAUAACCGCUGUGAUCGACACUAGCGUCUGUCUGACUGGACCUCAGAGACACACCAUGAAAAAGAGCGAGACCAUCGUUCAGGUCUUUUGCCUGAUUUCAGUCAUCUUAGGAAUAGGCAUUGGGUUUCUGCUGAGGCUUACAAUUGGCCUAAAAAAUAAGCUUUUGAAAGACUCGAUGCAAAUCCCAGGGAAUAUACUUCUCGCCAUCCUUCAGAUGUUUGCUGUUCCCCUCAUUGUGACAAGCGUUCUUGCAGGAGUAACUGGAUUAAACACCAAAAUGUCCAAGAAAAUAGCCAUAGUCACAGGAGCCUUCGUCUCUAUCGCUACCAUUUUGGCCUCAAGUUAUGCAAUGAUUCUGGUGCUCUCAGUAGCGCCUGGUAAGGGAGUAGACGUGGCAUCUGAAGAACCUGAGGUUUUCAUUCCCUUCUCUAUGCAUCUGGUCUUCAUGGAUCUCUUGAGGAACUUGUUUCCAGAGAACUUCUUACAGGCGUUCUUCGAGCAGUACAAGACUGAGAUUGUUCAUGUUACAAGAGAUCUAAUGAUAUACCCAUCGCCACGCAAUGACACUCAGAUGCAACUGAUAGGCACCUAUGUUCCUGGAGCCAACAUUCUUGGACUGAUCAUCUGGUCUUUCACCAUCGGCGUCUUGAUAAACAGGGUGGGACACACAGCACAAAGCACCGUGAAGGCCAUUCAAUACAUCAACGAUGCAAUAAAAAUCAUAGUCCGGUGGUUCAUGUGGUAUUUGCCAAUUGGAGUUUUGUUCCUGAUCGUGGACAGUGUGCUGGCUGUGGAGGACUGGGGAGAAGCCUACAAACUCGUGAAGUUUGUAGGGGUGGCUUUGGUGGGACUUUUGACCUACGGCUUUAUUAUUGUUCCCAUGGUUUAUUUAGCGAUAGUCAGAGAGAACCCCUAUAGAAUUUUCAAGCAUGUCUCCAGGGCUUUGUCAACCGCAUUUCUCAUUGCAUCUAGCACCGCCGCUCUGCCUAUUGCCUUACAAUGCUGUGAAGAGAAUGUGAAGAUCAAUAAGAAAAUCCUCCGCCUCAUGUUGCCCAUUAUCAUCUGCAUCAACAUGAAUGGAACAGCAAUUUACGAAGUGACCGCUUCCGUCUUUAUUGCUCAGAUAAAUGACAUCAAGCUGGAAGUCAGCCAGAUAAUCUCCAUUUGCAUGUCUACUGCCAUCGUCACCUUUGGAAUUGCAGGGGUCCCAGUGAAAGGAGCUGUGGGCACUAUCAUGAUUCUGACAGCUGUGGGACUGCCUGCAAAAGACGCUGUCAUUCUGGUGAUAUUUGAAUGGCUCCUGGACCAUUUCACUACCCUGGUGAAUGUACUAACAAACAUCAUGUGUCUGUCUGCCGUCAAUCGUUUAUGGGAAAAGGAUCUGCAAGUACUGGAAGAACAAACAAGGACUGAUAAGGUUCGUGCCCCCAGUGAACUCGACCUGGACUUAAGCUGCUUGGAGCCUGAUGACGAGCCCGUCCCAUCCGCCACCACCCAAUCAGAACCCGUUUUACCUCAGAGCUAAAACCACAGGACAGUAAUGUCACCAUGCUGGUCAUUUCCCUGUCCGCUUAUAGUUAUUGUUAGUAGUACGGUGCCAUAUCGGUUUAUUCAUCUCUAUUUAUUUUCCAUCUUAUCUCAGUUUUUAACCAUUUUAAAUUUUACAUUUAUAUGCAUUUAUGUGAAAAUUGUUGAUAAUUAUAAGCAUUGUUAUGUGUUUGAAGAUAAUUCAUCUUCAUUGUUUUAGAUUUUAUUUGUUAUUAUUUUGCAUGUUUACAAAGAUUAUAUAUAUAUAUAAACAUUUUAGCUUUCUCUUUAUAUAACAGAAAUAUUUCUCCAGUGUUUUCUCUCUAACCAACACGAGCUGCCACAGUUUUUUAUCUUCUACAAUUGGUUUCCUCCCAAUAAUAAAUCACAUUUGUUUAUUAUCAACAAUUGCU